ACUGUAGCAUAUAAAAGGGUUAUCCCCGUAGGCUCCCUCACAGGCUCUUACUAGCUGGGAAAAGGUACGUUUCUCUCCAACUAGAAUUAUGGACACAUCUUACCCGCGUGAAGACUACUUGCCGAUGACAUCCCACAAGCAGGAACCAUCCCCCACAGUCAUCAAGGUUAGGCCUCCGGUGGUGCCACGAGACUACAUGGUCUGGUCUAUCUUCAACACGAUCUACAUGAACCUCUGCUGCCUCGGCUUUGUAGCCCUUACCUAUUCUGUCAAGGCAAGGGAUCAGAAGGUGGCUGGUGACCUGGAAGCUGCUCGUCGCUAUGGCUCCAAAGCCAAAUGCUACAAUGUCCUUGCAACCUUGUGGAAUGUGGUGGUGCCAUUAGUGCUCAUUGCUCUGGUAGUCACUGGUGUGCUCCACCUGUCCAAGCUGGCUCAAGAGUCCAUGGACUACUUGGCUUUCAGGCUUUUCCCUAAUGAAGAUGAAGAUAAGAAGUGAGGGGAAGAAGUGAGAGGAAGUGUCUUUUUGACCAUUAAGAGACUGUCAACUGAUGUAACCUCCAACUAUCUGCCUCCAACCACUGCACAAUGCAAAAUCUCUGCUCAUUCUAACUCAGGUCCUCAUUUCACUGUUGCAUUAAUAUGGAUUUAACUUCACAGCUCAUCUUUGAUGAGAGCUGAAGCUGAUACAGACAUUCACGCUUGAUGGUUGGGAUAGUUCCAAUGCUGGGCUGUCAGCAGCAGUGUUUUGAACCUGUUGCACUGUACAGUUCCCUUCUCCAUUGCUACCCACUGUUCUGUGUCCAUUUCUGUCUUUCCUCUACUGGGUGACAACAUGUAACAACUACACAGAAAUCUUAUACACAAAUAGUAAUAUUAAAUAUGUUUGUGGAAUUCCUCAUUACAUUCACAAAUAUGCAAACUUAGCUUUUAAACACCUUGUUAGUUUCUAGUGCCAAAUUGAUUCACUAUGAAUUGGUUGGAUUCAAGAACAAGGUACAGUAGAGUCUCACUUAUCCAACAUAAACAGGCCAGCAGAACAUUGGUAGGCAAAUAUGUUGGAUAAUAAGGAGAGAUUAAGGAGAAGCCUUAAUCAAAUUAGGUUAUGAUUUUACAAAUUAAGCACUAAAACAUCAUGUUAUACAACAAAUUUGACAGAAAAGGUAGUUCAAUAUGCAGUAAUGCUACGUAGUAAUUACUGUAUUUACAAAUUUAGCACCAAAAUAUCAAAAUGUAUUGAAAACAUUGACUACAAAAAUGUGUUGGAUAAUCCAGAACGUUGGAUAAGCGAAUGCUGGAUAAGUGAGACUCUACUGUAAUGCUAACUGAUAAGGUCAGUACUGAUGGAUUGGUUUGUCUGUAGAAACAUGUUUAGUCUGUUAACCAGGGCAGGGCACGAUCAAGCCAAUAUCUUUUAGCCGUUUUUAGAAUUAGUGUCCAAGUGUUGUUGGAAUGCAAGUACUACCAAGCCUUAGCUAAUGAUAAAGAACAUUGAAGGUUGCAGCCCAGUGUCUGAAAUGCCACACCUCAUGCAUCCACACCAUAACAUUUGUUUUCUCAAGAGAAAAACUUAGAAUCUUCCUUCAAACCCAGUUGUUUCUUCCUUAAGCAUUGACCCCAGACUGUCUUGAUUGUUACUAUUUAAGUGAUUACAUACUUUUAUAAAUCAUUUGUCUUGUAUACAUGCCCAUGAUAAUAAAAUAAUACUAUUUCUUUUCAA